GAGACUGACGUUGGAGAAAUACAGCUGAUUCUACCAAGAAAAUAGUUAAAAAAUUCUCUGAUCCCUUCUUAAAUUAUUUCUCGAUUUCCCGUUUUAGAGCGGGAGAGGGAGUGAAAGAAAGACACAGAAAACUCCCCGUCAUUCACCCCACCUUCACUGCGUGUGCGUGUGCUUUCUGUGUUCUAGACUUCAAACGCGCUUUUGCUCCUCUGAAAUCUGAUCCUGCCUAAGAACUUUUGAUCUUCAUUCUCACAAAAAGAUCAAUUCUUUCUGCCACUCUUUUUGAGUUUAGCAGCUGUAGAGAGGAAUUUUGCAGAAAAAGGAGAAGGGAAAAUGGGGUACAUAGGACAACAUGGGGUGAUGUCGUUGCAUAGAUAUAAGUACAGCGGAGCAGAUCAUUCUUAUGUGGCUAAAUACAUUUUGCAGCCCUUUUGGACUCGAUUUGUUACUUUCUUUCCUCUUUGGAUGCCGCCCAAUAUGAUUACACUUAUGGGAUUUAUGUUUCUGCUUACAUCUGCUUUGCUAGGAUAUAUAUACUCACCUCAAUUGGAUACUCCCCCCCCAAGAUGGGUACAUUUUGCACAUGGAAUACUUCUCUUCUUAUAUCAGACUUUCGAUGCUGUUGAUGGAAAACAAGCAAGAAGAACAAAUUCCUCUAGUCCGUUGGGAGAGCUUUUCGAUCAUGGAUGUGAUGCACUUGCAUGUGCGUUUGAAGCUGUGGCCUUUGGAAGUACAGCUAUGAGUGGACGAACUACUUUCUGGUUCUGGGUUAUAUCGGCUGUUCCAUUCUAUUUUGCAUCGUGGGAACACUUCUUCACCAAUACUCUUAUUCUUCCAGUAGUAAAUGGACCUACAGAGGGUCUUAUGUUGAUAUAUCUCGUCCAUUGCUUUACAGGCAUUGUUGGUGCUGAGUGGUGGGCUCAACAGUUUGGGAAAUCUAUUCCAAUUUUUAGCUGGGUACCAUUUAUAAGUGAGAUCCCAACCAAUGUGGCUGUGCUAUACCUGAUGAUAGCUUUUGCUGUCAUACCAACAGUCUCAUUUAAUGUACACAAUGUUUAUAAGGUGGUUCAGGCAAGAAAAGGAAGCAUGCUUCUUGCUUUGGCAAUGCUCUAUCCAUUUGCUGUGCUGAUGAGUGGAAUAUUGACCUGGGAUUAUUUGUCUCCAAUUGAUUUGAUGGGAAAAUAUCCCCCAUUUGUUGUAGUAGGGACUGGUCUUGCUUUUGGAUUUCUUGUGGGAAGGAUGAUUCUGGCCCACUUGUGUGAUGAACCUAAGGGCCUGAAAACUAGCAUGUGCAUGUCUUUGGUGUACUUACCUUUCGCCAUUGCAAAUGCACUCACUGCCAGACUUAAUGAUGGAACUCCUUUGGUUGAUGAAUUCUGGGUUCUUCUUGGUUACUGUGCAUACACUUUGUUUCUUUACCUUCAUUUUGCCACAUCGGUGAUUCAUGAAAUAACAACAGCCCUGGGGAUCAAUUGCUUCAGGAUAACAAGGAAAGAAGCCUAGACGUCGGGCAUGCUCCGCAAAUGUUCUUCCAGAUGGCUCUUUUGCAAUUUGCUGAUACCCUGAAGCCUUUACCGACAAUUCUUCAGACUAAAUUUUGUAGCGCUGUUAGUGCGAAACUCUGGCUAAUUUACCCAAUUGUUGUACUUGGUAGAUUCUUUGGAAGCUUGAUUUCAAUUCUUGCUUAGAUUGCUUAAAUAGGUCAAUUCCAUUCCGCAUAUUAGAUGUCGAGUAAUGUAAUGCUUUAUUGAAUGGAAACGGUCUAGGGAAGAACAUCCCUCAAAAGACAUGUAAAAUUCAACGUUAAACUAUUCAUUCUUAUCUCUGAAACUGAAAUCAAAAGAAAUUAAUGGA